UGCGGCCAAGCUGGGUCCGAGCAUCCCGCGGCUUCGGACCCGCCCGGCCCGGACAUGGCGGCGAGCGUCCCGGCCACCCCGCGAGGCGCGCUGCUGCUUCUGCUGGCCGCGGCGGGGGUCGCUGAGGUGACGGGGGCCCUGGCCCCGGGCAGCGCGGGCGCUGUGUGCUGUAAUCAUUCAAAGGAUAACCAAAUGUGCCGUGAUGUGUGUGAGCAGAUUUUCUCCUCAAAAAGCGAAUCCCGAUUGAAACACCUGCUGCAGAGAGCCCCAGAUUAUUGCCCAGAGACGAUGGUUGAAAUUUGGAGUUGCAUGAAUUCAUCUUUGCCAGGUGUGUUUAAGAAGUCCGAUGGCUGGGUUGGCUUAGGCUGCUGUGAACUGGCUAUUGGCUUGGAGUGUCGACAGGCAUGCAAGCAGGCAUCUUCAAAGAAUGAUAUUUCCAAAGUUUGCAGAAAAGAAUAUGAGAAUGCUCUUUUCAGUUGCAUUAGCAGAAACGAAAUGGGCUCAGUGUGCUGCAGCUAUGCAGGCCAUCACACAAACUGCCGAGAAUUCUGUCAAGCCAUUUUUCGAACAGACUCUUCUCCUGGGCCAUCUCAGAUCAAAGCAGUGGAAAACUAUUGUGCGUCUAUUAGCCCACAGUUAAUACACUGUGUGAACAAUUACACCCAGUCUUAUCCAAUGCGAAACCCAACAGAUAGUUUAUAUUGCUGUGACAGAGCUGAAGACCAUGCUUGCCAAAAUGCCUGCAAGAGAAUUCUCAUGUCUAAGAAGACAGAGAUGGAGAUUGUUGAUGGGCUCAUUGAGGGCUGUAAGACCCAGCCCUUGCCUCAGGACCCUCUUUGGCAGUGUUUCCUCGAAAGUUCACAGUCGGUUCACCCUGGAGUCACUGUGCACCCUCCUCCCUCAACUGGCCUUGACGGGGCUAAAUUGCAUUGUUGCUCUAAAGCAAACACUUCAGUGUGUAGGGAGCUGUGUACAAAACUUUAUAGCAUGAGCUGGGGAAACACACAGAGCUGGCAAGAGUUUGACCGAAUCUGUGAAUAUAAUCCAGUGGAAGUGUCCAUGCUGACGUGUCUUGCUGAUGUCCGGGAGCCUUGCCAGUUGGGCUGUACGAACCUUACGUACUGUACAAACUUUAACAACAGGCCAACAGAGCUUUUUAGGAGCUGUAAUGCUCAGUCUGAUCAGGGAGCCAUGAGUGACAUGAAGCUGUGGGAGAAAGGGAGCAUAAAGAUGCCCUUCAUCAGCAUCCCCGUCCUGGACAUUAAGAAGUGCCAGCCAGAAGUGUGGAAAGCCAUCGCCUGCUCCCUUCAGAUUAAGCCUUGCCACAGCAAAUCCCGAGGGAGCACCAUCUGCAAAUCAGAUUGUGUAGAGAUUCUCAAGAAAUGUGGAGACCAGAACAAAUUCCCUGAAGACCACACGGCUGAGAGUAUCUGUGAGUUUCUGUCCCCUGCAGAUGACCUGGAGAACUGUAUACCUCUGGAUACAUACCUCAGGCCAAGUGCUUUAGGUAACAUCAUAGAAGAAGUGACUCACCCCUGUAACCCAAAUCCUUGCCCAGCCAAUGAGCUCUGUGAAGUGAACCGGAAGGGCUGUCCGUCUGGAGACCCCUGUCUUCCAUAUUCUUGUGUUCAAGGCUGCAAAUUGGGAGAGGCUUCUGACUUCAUCGUCCGCCAGGGGACACUGAUCCAGGUGCCGUCUUCUGCUGGGGAAGUUGGUUGUUACAAGAUCUGUUCCUGUGGACAAAGUGGCCUCUUGGAAAACUGUAUGGAAAUGCACUGUAUCGACCUCCAGAAGUCUUGUAUUGUUGGAGGAAAAAGAAAAAGUCAUGGAACAUCCUUUAGCAUUGACUGCAAUGUCUGUUCUUGUUUUGCUGGCAACUUGGUGUGUUCCAGCCGUCUCUGCCUCAGUGAGCACAGUUCAGAGGACGACCGACACACCUUCACAGGUCUGCCCUGUAACUGCGCAGAUCAGUUUGUCCCAGUGUGUGCACAGAAUGGACGCACUUACCCCAGUGCCUGCAUCGCUCGCUGUGUGGGUCUCCAAGACCAUCAGUUUGAGUUUGGACCUUGUAUCUCCAAGGAUCCCUGUAAUCCUAACCUCUGCCCCAAAAGCCAAAGAUGUGUGCCAAAAGCACAAGUUUGCCUGACAACUUUUGAUAAAUUUGGAUGUAGCCAGUAUGAGUGUGUGCCCAGACAGCUCGCCUGUGACCAGGUGCGAGAGCCUGUGUGUGAUACGGACCACAUGGAGCACAACAGUCUCUGCAGUCUGUACCAACGCGGAAAAAGCCUCUCCUACAGGGGCCCCUGCCAGCCCUUCUGCAGGGCCACAGAGUCUGUUUGUGGGCACAAUGGUGAGACUUACAGCAGUGUGUGUGCCGCCUACUCCGAUCGUGUGGCUGUCGACUACUAUGGGCCCUGCCAGGCUGUCGGGGUCCUCUCUGAGUACAGCGCUGUGGCUGAGUGUGCUGCUGUCAAGUGUCCUUCACUCUCAACUAUGGGCUGCAAACCCGUCAUUCCACCAGGGGCUUGUUGCCCAUUAUGUGCUGGAAUGUUACGGGUUUUAUUUGACAAAGAAAAACUGGACACUAUCGCUAAGGUGACAGACAAGAAACCAAUAACAGUCCUGGAGAUCCUACAGAAGAUCCGCAUGCACGUGUCGGUGCCACAGUGCGACGUGUUCGGAUACUUGAGCAUCGAAUCGGAAAUUGUGAUCCUCAUUAUUCCCGUCGAUCAUUACCCAAAAGCUUUGCAGAUUGAGGCCUGCAAUAAGGAGGCAGAGAAGAUCGAGUCCCUCAUCAAUUCCGACAGCCCCACGCUGGCGUCCCACGUGCCUCUGUCUGCCCUCAUCAUCUCCCAAGUGCAGGUCUCCAGCAGUCUCCCGUCCUCUGCCCCUGCGAGCAGGCCUCCCUUCCCCUCCCUGUUCCUCUUCCUCAGCCUGGGUUUCACCGUGCACUUGUUCUGGACUCGUCCCUGACUGCCAACAACGCUGCAAAGCACUCCUCAACCCAGCCAUCCCGCUUGUGAAAGACAUUCAGGACUGCUGGCUGAUGGCCAGGCAAAAGCACACGUCACCUCUUAGCACCACACAGUAUUUUUUUUUUAAUCCACCAAUAUUAGGGGUUUUGCCUUGAUUUUUAAAAUUAUAAAUUAGGCUCUCCCAUUGUAAUGGAAGACGAUGCGUCUUGCUGGUGGAUUGCUGGGCCACAGUUUACAUUUUGCUCAGUAGAUGGGUCCCCUUCCCCAAAGCAAAUUUACCAUCACUGAUUGGUGAGAUGGUCACUUUAUAGAAGGAGACCCCCUUUGCUGUUGGGUUCCUGUCCUAGUAUCGUCAGAGUUCCUAUCAGUGUUGAGGCUGCUGCUGCUCUUGUUCUGAGUCUAGAAGCUGAGGGCUCAGUGAGAAGCCACUGCUGUGAAGGCGUGCAAGGGGAGAAGACUUCCUUAAACCUAUCACUAGCUCGUUGAGCUGACGCCAUGGAGAUGUAAGGCUCUAGUGUGCUGAGCAAAAGCAAGUCAGCCAAGUAGCCCUCAUGGCCUGUCCUGCGAGUGGCUGCUCAGUAGUGCCAGUCUGUGCCUGUGAGUGGGGGCAGUCUACCUGCAUCCAAGCAUCCUGUGUCACGUAGGUUUAUAUUAGCCAGACACACUCGUCAGUGCUCACCAAGUUCAGAGAGUUUGAAUAUCAGACUUUAAACCAAUUGCUGCUACUAUAAUUGCCAAAAAGUAAGAUAAUUAGUAGUUCAUGUAAGUAGUACAUGAUUUUUUAAUUUUAUUAUAAAGAAGGUGAAUAGCCAUAUUUGUAAAAUGACAAUCAUGUGUGUUAUCCCCAUACUUCUCCUUCAUGAAGACACAUUUGCUUUUUUGUGAUGUGCACAGUGUGGAUAAGUAUCUGUCUGACUUUCUUUUUAUAUAGAAUUAUAAAGAAUAUGGUUUAUAUAUUUAAAAUGUCAGGCUAAAUAUUAAAAUGUUUGCAUGUUGUCUAAGAAAUUAGAAACUUUGAAUGUCUCACAGUUUGAAAUAAGCUAUAAUGUAAUACUUGUUUGUAUGCACCUGAACUUAGAUUUUACAUGAAGUAUUUUCAGUGUUACAUGUACCCUCUGCAAUAUAGCAAUAUGCUUAUUAUACCAAAAUGUUGUUGAAACGUGGCACUUAAGGCUCUCAGAGGAUCUCAGUGCUGGUGUUGAUGUAGCCUCUGUUGCAAUUGCCUAUUUCUGUCUAAAUGUCUUCAACAUCCUAGACUAUGUUGUAUGUAUAUUCUAUAUAUAGUAUACGGCAAUAUACUAUAUAUGUCCUAUAUAUAGUAUACAGCAAAACACUAGAAAGCUUUUCUAUUUUAAUAAAAGUAAUUUUAUAUGAUCAUGUGUACUUCCAGGCAAUGUGAACAUUCAGAAUGAAACCAUUCCUCACCCUUAAGUG